UCUCCAAUCUGAUUGGUCAGUUGAGAGGGCCAUACAAAGGAAGCGUCUACCAAACUAAUUUGACAUCCAGAGUUAUUGAGAUCAGCCGGGCGGUGUGAAACCCUGCUAAAUUCACCAGUGUAAGAGAAGAUGGACCUGCUGCUGUUGUUGUUGGUCGCUGCCCUCUGCAUUCUUCAGUCCUCCAGCAAACCCAUGCGGAGAAAGGAACGUGUCCAUCACGACACCCUCAUCAACAAUGAGCACGAUGAUGAAAAGAACUUCAACCUCAACUAUGAGGCUUUUCUUGGACAAGAGGAGGCAAAGACGUUCAACCAGCUCACGCCAGAGGAGAGCAAACAGAGACUGGGUAAGAUUGCAGAAAAGAUUGACGAGGACCAUGAUGGCUUUGUGACUCUUGAUGAGAUGACGCGGUGGAUCAAAAACGCUCUGAAGCGAUGGAUCUAUAACGAUAUGGAACGGCAGUGGCAGGCUAUCGAUCACAACUCAGACGCUUAUGUCUCCUGGGAGGAGUACAAGAACGUUACCUUCGGCUACAUCCUUGAUGAAGCGGAUCCAAAUAUCAGUUUUAACUACAGGCAGAUGAUGACCAGAGAUGAGCGUCGUUUCAAGAUGGCUGAUUAUGAUGGCGACAUGAGAGCCAAUAAGGAAGAGUUUACAGCGUUUCUUCACCCAGAGGAGUUUAACUACAUGAAGGAAAUCAUACUGCUGGAGGCUAUGGAGGACAUUGAUAAAAACGGAGAUGGUUUCAUCGACAUUGAUGAAUAUAUUGGUGAUAUGUACAGUCAGACUGGAGAGGCAAAUGAACCAGAGUGGGUGAAAACCGAAAGAGAACAGUUUAGAGAGUUCAGGGAUCAAAACAAAGACGGCCGUAUGGAUAAGGACGAGACCCGUGACUGGAUCUUGCCCGCCGGGUACGACCAUGCAGAGGUUGAGGCCCAACACUUGCUGUAUGAGUCUGACACAGAUCAGGACGGACGCCUCACAAAGCAGGAAAUUGUGGAUAAGUAUGACUUCUUUGUCGGGAGUCAAGUGACAGAUUUUGGAGAAGCUCUGGUCCGACAUGAUGAGUUUUAAUUUGGGUAACUUGGCACUUAAAAAUUGCAAAACAAACCAUUUAUUUUAUAAUUGCAAGUAUACCACAUUGUGGAACAUUGUUUAAAAAGCAUUUACAAGCGCAAUCAAAUACAUUUUUUUUAACUUUUUCCAUGAACAUCUUUUAUAGGCUAACACUCAUCAUCGUUGGAAUCAGAUGUGAUUUCACAUGCACUGAAGUAGUGUUCAGGUCAGCUUGUGAAGCUUGUCAAAGUGUUGUGUAGAGGUUUGUCUAAAAGCCUAUAAUGCACUAAAAUGAACCCCUUUAAUUCAGCAAAAUGGCAUGUGUGUAACCCGACACCGUAGAAAGCAAGAACCACUCUCUUUUGUUUUUACACUGCACAUUAUAUUAACUUUUUAUUUUUUAUUUUAU